UCCACAGUCACGGGGACUUCUUUGUGUCUCUGCACUUGCAUCAUCAUGGACGUGUGGACUAACAGAGUGUUUGGGAUUAUCAUCGCUCAGGUUCUGCUUCUCUCCAGCUCGUGCGGGACAAGAGGAGAAGAUGUGUGCGACAGAGCGCUGGUGUCCAAUCUGCCGCCGUCAUCCUUCAGGAGCUCGUCCCAGUUGUCCAUCAGCCAUGCGCCGGGUUUCGCCAAACUCAACAGGAGAGAUGGAGCUGGAGGUUGGUCGCCCCUCACCUCAGACAGGUAUCAAUGGUUGGAGGUGGACCUGGGGGAGCGGACCAGGAUCACUGCUGUUGCUACACAGGGUCGCUAUGGCAGCUCUGAUUGGCUGACGUCGUACCUGCUGAUGUUCAGCGACUCGGGACACAACUGGAAACAGUACCGACAGGAGGACAGCCUCGGGUCUUUUCCAGGUAACAGUAAUGCAGACAGUGUAGUUCAGUACAAACUGCAGCAGGCAGCGGUCGCUCGCUUCCUCCGCCUCAUCCCUCUGGACUGGAACCACAACGGGCGGAUUGGACUGCGCCUGGAGACGUACGGCUGUCCUUACACCUCUGAUGUGGUGAGUUUCAACAGCGACGGCAGUGCUCUGGUGUACAGGACGAGUCCCAGUUUGAAGACGGUGUCCAGAGAAGUGGUCUCUCUGAAGUUUAAAACCCUGAGGAACUCUGGGACGCUGCUCCACGCAGAGGGGCAGCGAGGACUCGGUCUCAGUGUGGAGUUAGAGCGAGGGAAGCUGCUGCUGCUGCUCAAGAAAGGUGAGACUUCAUCCUCCGAGCCUCAGAUUCUCGCUUCCCUCGGCAGCCUGUUAGACGAUCAACACUGGCACCAUGUUGUACUGGAGAGACGCAGCUCUCACCUCAACCUCACUGUGGACAAACACACUGAGAGGGUUCAAAUCCCUGCAGCGUUUGACCACUGGGACAUUGAACAGCUGAGUGCAGGUGCAGUCCAGAGCCUUGGUUCUCAGAAAACAGUCUUCUCAAAGAGGAGCUUUCACGGCUGCCUGGAAAACCUGCUCUACAACGACCUCAACUUGUUAGAGCAGGCAAAGCAAAAUGACAGCAGAGUUACUCUAAUGGGCAAUGUGACCUUUUCUUGUGCUGAGCUAAUUUCCGUUGCCGUGACGUUUUCCGGCCCCCAGAGUUUUCUGCAGCUGCCUGGGGCAACUGCACCCUCUUCAGGGGGCGUGUCCGUAGGGUUUCAGUUCAGGACGUGGAACAAGGCCGGGCUUCUGCUCACCUUUGAGCUCUUGCAGCAAGGUGGAGUCGUCUGGCUGUACCUGAGUGAGGCCAGGCUCCGCCUACAGAUCCAUAAGACUGGCCGGGCUCUGCUGGAGCUCAGCACAGGUUCUGCUUUGAAUGAUGGGCAGUGGCAUUCAGUGGAGCUGGACCUCAGCGGAGGACGUCUGACCAUCGCGGUGGAUAAAGAGGAAGGAGGCGGCGCUCACGCUGGCUCUUCUUUCCCCGUCGCCUCAGAGAGUCGCCUCUUCUUUGGUGGUUGUCCCGCUGAAGACGACAGUCAGGAAUGCAGAAACCCCUUCCACGUCUUCCAGGGCUGCAUGCGUCUCUUCACUGUGGACAGUCAGAACGUGGAUCUGAUCAAGGUUCAGCAAAAGAAGCUGGGGAACUACAGCAACCUCCACAUUGAUAUGUGUGGAAUCAUCGACAGGUGUUCUCCCAGCCGCUGUGAACACGGCGGCCGCUGCAGUCAGUCGUGGACCGUUUUUCACUGUAACUGCACCGACAGCGGCUACAGCGGAGCGACCUGCCACAGCUCUGUGUACGAACAGUCCUGCGAGGCCUACAAACACAACGGCAACACGUCGGGGCUUUUUUACAUCGACGUGGACGGCAGCGGACCAAUCAAACCACAGCUGGUCUACUGCAACAUGACAGAAGAGGACACAUGGAUGGUGAUCCAGCACAACAACACAAACAUGACCCGAGUGCGACCGUCUCCAGGUGUCAACCAGCACUUGGUUCACUUUGACUACUCAACGGAGGAGGAGCAGCUGACGGCUGCCAUCAGCCAAUCAGAAGACUGCGAACAGGAACUGUCCUACCACUGCAGGAAGUCCCGCCUCCUCAACACUCCAGAGGGUUCUCCGUUCAGCUGGUGGUUCGGUGGGAGUGAUUCCGGUCUCCUUCAGACUCACUGGGGCGGAGCUCAACCAGGCAGCCGUCAGUGUGCGUGCGGCCUGCAGGGCGACUGUGUGGACCCACAACACUACUGUAACUGUGACGCCGACCACAUGGAGUGGACUGAAGACUCGGGCCUGGUCAUUCAUAAGGAGAACCUCCCCAUCAGGUCUCUGGUUCUGGGUGACGUCCAGAGGCCGGGGUCAGAGGCUGCCUACCGAGUGGGGCCGCUCCGUUGUCAUGGAGACAAGAGUUUGUGGAACGCUGCCUUUUUCGACAAGGAGACGUCGUACCUCCACUUUCCCACCUUCCACGGAGAGCUGAGUGCAGACAUCUCCUUCCUGUUUAAAACCACGGCGUCCUCUGGUGUGUUCCUGGAAAACCUCGGCAUCAAAGACUUCAUCCGCAUCGAACUGAGCUCCUCCACUCAGGUGCUUUUCUCCUUCGACGUGGGCAACGGGCCACUGGACGUGCACGUGGAAGCGACCACCCCGCUGAACGACAACCGGUGGCAUCGAGUCCGAGCUGAGCGGAACGUCAAGGAGGCCUCGCUUCGACUGGACGACCUCCCCGCUGCCACGCAGAAGGCUCCUGCCGACGGACACUUCCACCUGCAGCUCAACAGCCAGCUCUUCAUCGGAGGCACAGCGUCCAGGCAGAAGGGCUUCAGAGGCUGUAUCCGCUCUCUGCAGCUGAACGGCGUCACCCUGGACCUGGAGGAGAGGGCCAAGAUCACACCCGGGGUGCGACCCGGCUGCCCGGGUCACUGCAGCAGCUACGGCUCGCUCUGCCAGAACCAGGGCCGCUGUGUGGAGAGAGCCAACGGCUUCCACUGUGACUGUGGCCAGUCUGCCCACACCGGAGUCUUCUGUCAAACAGAGGUGUCGGCGUCCUUCAAGUCUGCCACGUCUGUCAGCUACACCUUCAAGGAGCCGUACGAGUUAAUGAGGAACAGCAGCGCUCUGCCGUCCUCCAUCUACUCUGACUUGACACUGAGAGGAGAGAACGUCUCCCUGAGCUUCAGGACCAACCAGAGUCCGGCUCUGCUGCUCUACAUCAGCUCGUAUUACAGGGAGUACAUGGCCCUGCUCAUUAACAAGCACGAUAAACUGGAGGUGAGAUACAAAUUGGACGGCAGCAGAGAGCCAGAGGUGUUGAGGAGCAAAGUGAGGAGUCUGGCCAACGGACAACUGCACACCGUGACCGUCAGGAGACUGAGCGACUCCGUGUCUGUGCAGAUUGACCAAAAUGCCAGAGAAGACUUCAACCUGACGUCUGACGAGGAAUUCAACGCCAUCAAGUCACUGGUGUUGGGCAGAGUGCACGACGAAGAGUUGGACCCAGACCUGGUCCGGCUGGCAUCGCUCGGUUUCACCGGCUGUCUCUCGGUCGUCCGUUUCAACGGCAUCAGCCCGCUGAAAGCUGCGCUGCUCCACCCGGACACCAGCCCGGUAGCCAUCACCGGACCUUUAGUCCAGUCCAGCUGUGGUUCUUCAGCCUCAGCCAAUGCACACGCAGCCGAGAACAACCACCACCUGUCAGACCAGUCUGGUUCAGUGGGUUCAGGUCAACCUUUAGUAAAUGCCGUCAGGACUGACUCGGCUCUGAUUGGAGGUGUAAUCGCCGUGGUGAUCUUUGUGGUCGUGGCCGGCCUGGUGAUCACCGCCAGAUUCAUCUACCGACAGAAAGACACGUACCGGAAUCGGGAAGCGAAGGGAGUGAAACGCGAGGACAGCCCAGAUUUCCCCUUCAACAACCAGACUGACUCCCAGCACAUGUCCGGCCAACAUCAAAAGGAGUAUUUUAUUUAAGGGUGGAGGUGUCGGGACCUGGUGGGGGGUUUUUUUUGUCCUGCCAACGCCUCAGGACGUGACGCUGCACUCAGAGAAAUCAGCAGAACUCUGCAGCAGAACACUUCACACAGAUCUCCUUACUUUUCUCUACAUUGUGAACACUGAUGCAAACAGGCAACAGUGUUGGACUUCAACGUGUCAGUGUUCCUCGUUUCAUGUGUACAUAUUGGACGUUGUAAAUUCUGGAUUAAUGCAUUUGUAAUAAUCUGAUUAAUGUCUUUUUUGUCAUAUUGAAAUGUUAAAUAGUGCAGGUAUCAGUAUUUUCAUGGUGUACAUGCAGGUGUGUGUGUGUACAUGCAUGUGGUUGGAAUAUAUAUCAAGUUUGACUUUGUCCACCUGUCACAUGAUCACCCAGUAAUCCAGGGGUGUCGGACUCAUUUUAGUUCAGGGGCCACAUACAGCACAAUUUCAUCUCAAGUGGGCCGGACCAGUAGAAUAAUAGCAUAAUAACCUAUAAACAACAAGAACUCCAAAUGUUUCCCUUUGCUUUACAUUUAAUGACGUGACAUUUUCUCCAGAAAAAUAAGUGCAAUUUCAACAAUAACAAUUGUGUAAUUGUGUAGUCAAUUGUGAUUACACUACGUCCACUCUUGAUAUACACACACGGUGUAAGGAGAAAGCCCACAGACAUGGGGAGAACAUGCAAACUCCACACCAGGAGCCUUGUUGCUGUGUCAGAACUGCAGUGAAAGUUAAAGAUAACAUGGUUUCUAGUGGUUCCCACAACGUUUAUGGCAGAAACUUGUUUGUGAGCAACUGGUGUUUUUGUUUCCAAGCUUCCCUACGAUGGUUUUGGUUUGGAGCAGAGGAAGAAAACACAGCAAUGUACAUAAAAAGGCUGCUGCUGCUGCAAGACAUGCCAACUAUAAUUACACGGUUGUAUCAGAUGGCUUUUAAUUUCACUUAGGGUCGAUGGAUUUAGCUGCCCCUCACAAAGCUGCCUCAGCUGUUUUUGAGCACAGUGGGGAAACAAUUAAGUCGAGAAGGUUCAAUGUACAUUUUAUCUGUGAGCCGACAAGAAGAAUCCCCAGAGAAAUAGAGUUCGAUCAUCUUUAUCGUCACAGUUGCACAAAUCGCUGCGACAGGUUUCAUUAAAGCUGCAGUGCAGGAACCACCGACGAGACUUUUCUGGUGUUGUCAGUCAGAGCGCUGGUCUCGUCGUCACAGACACUAACACGUCGCCACACUUUGUCAUGUGGAGCCAACGGUUACCCGGCGUUGUGUCGAGUCAUUUGACGACGUUUUAAAUGUCACAGAAAGUCAUUUAUAUUGAAGCGUCACGCACCACAGGUUUAAAGCGGCUCCGGUUUCUGACGCAAGCAUAUAAAAGUUGUCUCUUCGCUGCCAGUGUAACGCAAACUUUCCAUUUUGAAGAACUCAAGCCGUUCCCGUCACACAAGCUCCGCCUCUGGAGUGCAGAUUUCUUCUUUCCCUUUGUUCAAGUUGUCCACGCAACAGUGAAACGACGCUCCUGUAGUCUGGAUCUGUUCAUAUAUACACACGUUUAUGACCAUGAAUGUUUCCUGAGGUGACAGUUUUGAGAUUUCUGAGCCUCAAUCAGUGCAGAUGUGGACUGGCACUGACACUUAGUACAUUCUUUAUUGUCAAACCACAAGUGGUUCACUUAAAAACCAUUAUAUCUGGGGUUUUUUUCUUUUGACUACCACGCUCUCUGAAUGUCUAAAGCUUUUAACUGUGACAGCAGCAUCGGUGUCCGUCUGUCACCUCGUUCACUACACGCAGAGAGGGUUAAUGUGUUUUUCAGACGCUAAUCCGCCUCCGUCUGACAGGUGGAUUGCGACUCGAUAGAGAGCAGCAACGUGAUCGAAAUGAGAUGGAGAGAUAAUCCGAGAUUAUAACGCACCGAUAUUAGCAGUGAAAAUGAAGCGAAUCCCUCCACGUGUUCACUCAGCUCGUGUGUAAAGAAAGAGGCUCGACAGCAGCUGCUCAUCAAACACACCAGUGUUUUCUCUCCGACACCAAAGAGCUGAUGGGAUUUUAAUGACACAAGUGGUUUAAGCUUAAAUUGCCUCUCUGGAAGAAAAAAGGUUACAUAGAAAAUUCACACAAGUGUUCUUCAUGUACAGAUGAAGUGGCAAGAUGCUCCUGCCUUCAACGCAUGUUCGUAGACGCAGUUCCAAGAAAGCAAACGUCGGGGAGUGGUCGUCGUCAUCAUGUUUCAAGUCUAACGUGCGAUUUCCUUACAAAUCCUUCC